UUGCAGGGGAUAGGGUCAAAUCAUUGACUCUUGGAUAAUUGGAUCAGAUCUAGUUGUUCUUGUUUCCUUCUUCAUUAAGAGAGUUCAAAACUCUCCCUAUUAUAAGUUUCAAUUUCCGUUGACCUAAAAAACAAAAAAAAAAAAAGAGCUCCCAAUUGCUAAGCUCUCUCUCUCUCUCUCUCUCUCUCUCUCUGUGUUCGUGUACGGCCUCCUCCAUCGAAAAUGCCUAGUCGCUGUGAAAUCUGCUGCGAGAUACUCAUCGCCAUCUUGCUUCCUCCGGUGGGGGUUUGCUUGAGACACGGUUGCUGCAGUGUUGAGUUUUGCAUAUGUUUGUUGCUGACUAUACUAGGUUAUAUUCCGGGCAUAAUCUACGCUCUUUAUGCAAUUGUGUUCGUCGAUCGCGAUGAGUACUUUGAUGAAUAUCGCCGUCCCCUUUACUACUCUGCGUGACCUCGUUCAGUUGAUCGUUUAAUCCCUUUCUUAUUAUGUAUGCUUUUAUGUUUCGAUGAUCGAUCAUUUCGAUGUGUAAUGAAUCGAUUUAUGAUGUUUCUCCAUCACUCUCUUUAUAUCUACACAGUUUGCUGGGCACCAACACUUUUAUCUAUACUUAAUAUUCACUAGCCUGUUUUAAAGAGAUGGUACUGGAAAAUUGUUGCAAUGCUGUUGAACAUUAUAAUUCCAGUUGUUUUUUAGUGUUUGAUGUA